GGGGCGAAGGGGGGCCCCCUCCCCCAGCAGCCGGGAGCCGGGUGGGGUCGGGGCCGUGACUCCAGCGCGCGCUGCGCCUCGGCCGUUAGCAGGGAGGGCGAGCGAGUGAUGCUUUUACCCGCCGGCCCCGCCCCGAGUCUCGCGGGAAGUGACGUCAGAGAGCUUGGGGAGAAGCCCUGGUUUCCGGGCUGGUGGGGGGUUGCUGCGGGCCCUGGCGUGGCAUGGAGCGGCCCCCGGUGGGCGCGGCGCUGCGGGGGCAGCCCGGGGGCAGCUGCGGCCCCUGGGAAAUGCGGGAGCGGCUGGGAACUGGCGGCUUCGGCAACGUCUGUCUGUACCAGCACCAGGAUUUAGGUGAUAAGAUAGCUAUUAAAUCUUGUCGACUGGAACUAAGCAUGAAAAACAAAGACCGGUGGUGCCAUGAAAUUCAAAUCAUGAAGAAGUUAAACAACCCCUAUGUAGUAAAGGCCUGUGAUGUUCCAGAGGAGAUGAACUUCCUAGUUAAUGAUGUCCCUCUUCUUGCAAUGGAGUACUGUUCAGGAGGUGAUCUCAGAAAGUUGUUAAACAAACCAGAAAAUUGCUGUGGACUUAAGGAAAGUCAAAUACUUUCUCUGCUUUGCGACAUUGGGUCGGGUAUCCAGUAUUUGCAUGAAAACAGAAUUAUACACAGAGAUCUAAAGCCUGAAAAUAUUGUUCUCCAGGAUGAUGGUGGAAAGAUAAUUCAUAAAAUAAUAGACUUGGGAUAUGCCAAAGAUCUGGAUCAGGGAAGUUUAUGUACAUCAUUUGUUGGGACCUUACAAUAUUUGGCCCCAGAACUCUUUGAGAGUAAGUCCUACACUGUUACUGUAGAUUACUGGAGCUUUGGAACAAUGGUGUUCGAGUGUAUUGCAGGAUUUAGACCCUUUUUACACAAUCUACAGCCAUUUACCUGGCAUGAAAAAAUCAAGAAAAAGGAUCCAAAGCACAUUUUUGCUUUUGAAGAGAUGACUGGGGAAGUUCGGUUUAGUACCCAUUUGCCACAGCCUAACAGUCUUUGUAGUAUAAUUGUAGAACCAAUGGAGAGUUGGUUACAACUGAUGCUGAAUUGGGAUCCACAGCAGAGGGGUGGAGGUAUAGACACAGAAACCAAUCGACCGAAAUGUUUCCUGUUAAUGGAUCACAUACUGAAUUUGAAGAUAGUACACAUCUUAAAUAUGACUUCUGCCAAGAUUGUUUCUUUUCUCUUGCAUCCUGAGGAAAGUCUUCAUUCACUUCAGUCUCGCAUUGAGCUUGAUACUGGAAUAAGUACUGGAAAUCAAGAGUUGCUUUUGGAGAUGGGAAUUUCCCUGGAUCCUCGGAAACCUGCUUCCCAAUGUGUUAUUGAUGGUGUGAGAGGCUGGGACAGUUACAUGGUUUAUUUGUUCGAUAAAAGCAAAAUUGUGUAUGAAGGACCCUUUGCUUCCAGAAGUCUGUCUGACUGUGUAAAUUACAUUGUUCAGGACAGCAAAAUCCAGUUGCCAAUUUCACAGCUGCGUAAAGUGUGGGCAGAAGCCGUGCACUAUGUGACUGGGCUAAAAGAAGAUUACAGCCGGCUAUUCCAAGGGCAGAGAGCUGCAAUGUUGAGUCUUCUUCGAUAUAAUGCCAACUUAACCAAGAUGAAAAAUAAUAUGGUGUCCGCAUCUCAGCAACUGAAAGCAAAGCUGGAAUUCUUUCAUCAGAGUAUUCAUCUUGAUCUGGAGAGAUACAGUGACCAGAUGGCUUAUGGAAUAUCCUCAGAAAAGAUGCUCAAAGCCUGGAAGGAAAUGGAAGUAAAGGCCAUCCAGUGUGCUGAGGCUGGAGAUAUCGGAUACCUAGAUGAACAGAUUAUGGCUCUGCACACAGAGAUUGUGGAACUGCAGAGGAGUCCAUAUGCAAGGCGCCAGGGAGAUGUCAUGGAGAGUCUUGAACAAAAAGCCAUAGAACUAUACAAGCAAUUAAAACCAAGACCUCCAGAUCACGCCUACAGUGACAGCACUGACAUGGUGAAGAUUAUCGUGCAGACAGUGCAGAGCCAGGAUCGAGUUCUCAAGGAGCUCUUUGGACACCUUAGCAAGCUGUUAGGCUGUAAGCAGAAGAUUAUUGAUUUGCUUCCAAAGAUUGAAGUGGCUCUGAAUAACAUCAAGGAGGCUGACAGCUCUGUGAUGCAGAUGCAGGGAAAAAGGCAGAGGGAGAUCUGGCAUUUGCUGAAAAUAGCUUGUACUCAGAGUUCUGCUCGAUCUCUUGUGAGUUCCAGCAUCGAAAGUGCAGCCACCCCUCCAACUGCUACAUGGUUGCCUCCGAACUCCUCUGGCAACAUACCCCAUCCCCUCUCUUCUAUGGCAGCUCCUAGAGAUGGGGAUGUUUUUGCCCGUGUGAUAGAAGAGAAUCUGAACUAUCUGGACCGCUUUAGCACUAUCAUUCAAGAGGCAAAACAGGAGCAGAACAGCAGCAUGAUGAGUCUUGAUUGGAGUUGGCUGAAAUAAUUAAGGAAGUCAAGCGGGCAUUGUUGCCAUCCCCAAUAUGUCCAUGAGCUCAAGGUUGGCUGACAGUCUGCGAUGAGAUGAAACAGCCCAGUAUCAAUGUUGUGGUGUUGAUUCCACACUCUGCUGAUUCAGGACUGAAUAAUCUUCUCUCCCACUGCAUCCGGAUGACAGUUAGUUCUGCAAGAGGCAUUUUGUGUUUUGUAGAUGUUAGCGGACUUGAUUAUAAAGUACAUGGGCAGCAACAGAGACCCUACCUUGUAUGUUUUGCUGCUAGAGGCAAAUGUUUUCCAACCUGCUGCCUCAUUUCAGGGCUUUUAAAUCCAUAUUAAGCUACCUAAAGAAGGAGCCUGAUUUUCAGAGAUGCUGAGUGAUCCUGGCUCCCACUACAUCCCUGGGCACUGCAGAUGCUCAGCACAUUUGAAAAUGACACCCUUUAUAUUUAGAAGCUUUUUAGGCACCUGGGUUUGGUUUGAAAAUGUUUGCAAUGGCCAGUCUUUCUAGCAGUAUGACCCGUCCAUGCAGUCUGUGCCUGAUCGGCACUGCUACGGGAGGCAGCUGUUGCUCUGACAGAUGAGCUGAGAUUAGAGCACUGUUUGAAAUGUUCUGUCUAUGGAGAACCUCUCCUGGCGGGAGGUACUCUGCCUCAGCAUUUGGCGUUAAUUUGUUUGGUGCUAGAGCUGCUGUGAGCUCUAGGGGAAGCAGAGGGGGCAGGUACCAGGGAGGUGUUCUCCUUAUUUCCUCUGAGUAGGGAGAAGGCAGGGAGUGCCUUCUAGGUGCAGACAGAUAUCUGCCUUAAGUGGACAAGAUGCACAGUACAGGCUACAGCAGUAUCUGCAGUGUCCUGCUGGGGUGCUGGGCUACUGCACCCUCUUCUCCUGGGGCAGGCAUCUCACAUGCAAAAUGACGUAUUACUUACGUUAUCUUGCACCCCAACCCCUGCUAAAUCCCAACCAUCUGAGCCCUGGUCUGCGGAAUGCAAUUUCUGAUGGAUGAAAGAAAAACACUACAGCCAUGGCUUUCCACCCCGAUAUGCACUCUUGUCUACCAAGAAGCAGUUUUGACAGGUUUUCUUACUGAUCAGGAAAUACUCCCCAAUUCCAAACAGAUGGAAUUUUAUAUCCACUGGCUACUUUAAAAUAUUUAAGACUUCUAUUUGUUCAUUUGUGAUAAAUAUUAUAUUAUGUAGAACCUCUUCGUGAUUCUUAUUAUGUUCCAGAUUUGCGUCAUUUUAAAGAUGAUACCCUCAAAUGGUUUGACUUGCCAAUGUUCUGUUUGGGCAGGAUGCAGGAGCGGAAAGGUAACAGGCUACCUGGACUUCAGUUUAUGGGCAAGAUUUUCAAAAAUGGCUAGUGAUUUUGGGUAUGCAACCCAACCUCUUUAACAGAGGGCAGGUGCUCAGCACUUUCUGAAAAUUACGCCCUUUUAAGAUGUCUUAAGUUGGACACUCGAAAGCAUAAGCUGCUUUUGAAAAUCUUGAUCCAUGCUUGUCUCUCUCCAUAUAAGGCUGAAUUACUCUAAAACCAAAACAUUUCAAAACCAGGUAGCUAUGAAGUAACAAGUGCACAUCACUUACCAAAUCCAAGUUCUGAAUAGCAAGAAAUAAAAAGCGAAGGAAAUUGUAAAUUUCACAUCAUCCACAAAAUAACCAGCAAUACACUAAGUGGGCCUCCAUUCCCUUGCCUCCUUGUGCAGUCAUUUACAUCUGUGCAAAGUGGGUGUACAUUUUACAUGCACUUUGCACCAGUAUGAGCAACCAAGGAUACAAGGCAAUAGAGAAUUGAGCUCACUAGUAAACGAAGUACAAAAAGGCAUAUUUCAUCCCAAAACAGCAAACUGAAUUCUGAUCAUUAGGAUUAAAAUAUAUUCGAGCACUUGUCUAAAUGUCUUCUGUGUCUAUACCUCUUCAUGCGGGAGAUUGAAGAUCUCUGAUCCAGAGAUCGGAACAUUUUUGCCAGCAGUGUCCAUUGAUUUCAUCAGUUCCCAGUGUAGCCUCAAGCCUCUCUUCCCUUAAGGAGAUGGUCACGCCAUCUACAAGGGGAAGGCGUGACCAAAGGACCCUGAGUUCCUUUCACCACUUCUGGCUGUGAGACAGAACCAGCUGGCAAUGUUCCAUUUUGUCCACUCACACAUUACUUUACCUCAAUGGUUCCCAAACUUUAACAGCCCGUGAACCCCUUUCACUAAAUUGUGAAAUCUCGUGAACCCCUCCUAAAAAUGAAUAUUUCCAGGGAUUUAAGUUUAAAUUUCCUCAGUGUGAUGGCUGCGCUUGCUUUUCCUGCAUAGCUCUUGGAAGUCUGGAACCACUGGAGAAAGAUAAAGUCUCAGGUCUGGUUCAGCAUCAAGUCUGUUUCUGUAUUUGGUUUUCAGAUGUGCAUACGAGGAAAACGCUUUCUCGCAUAAGUAUGUUGUUGAAAAUGGUAACAAAACUGCAGCAGUUUUUUCUGCCAGAAGGGGAUAUUCGUUUCUUAAACUCAGCCAAAAGUUGAUCAAUGACAAAUUUCUGAAACUCCUUUUCAGUUCAUAAUCACAGGAGAUCUCAAUCAAUUUCUUUUUCCUUAGUGUUCAAUAUCUGUGUUGAGAAAGUGGUAUAAUCAAAUGGGGUUGCGAAUCCAGUAAUGAUCACCUGACGUAGCUGGAAAGUAUUCCCUGAAAGUUGUGCGAAGUCCUUUUAGGUGUGCAGUUAUAUUGGUUUUAGUGCACUGAUCCAACUGAAGUUUGUUCUGCCAGGAAGUCAUGAAGAUUACUGAAACACUCAGUUUGAUUGUUUUCCAAACAACUUUCCCAGAACUGCAACUUCUUUGUCAGGGAUUCAGCUCGCUCUUGCACAUUGAAAACUGUUAUAUUGAGGCCUUGAAGAGAUAAAUUUAGGUCAUUAAUUCUUGACAAACUAUCUGCUAAAUAAGCUAUGCUAUGGAGCCAGGCAUUAUUUUCCAUACAGCUGGCAAGGUAGAAAGGGUGGCUGUUGAAAAAAACUAGGAUUUCCGUUCUAAGCUCAAGCAAGCGCACAAGGAUUUUGCCCCGUGACAGCCAUCUAACUUCAGUAUUGGUCAACAGACAAUUGUGUAUACUACCCAUUUCUUCACAAAGUACGUGAAAUAUUCUAGAAUUUUUUGGCCGUGAUUUUAUGAAAUUCACCAUUUUCACUGCAUUGUCCAGCACUUCCUUCAGUCCCUCAGGCAUGCGUUUUGUUGUGAGGGCUUGUCUAUGGAUGCUGCAAUGAGUCCAAGAGUCUUUUGAUGCAACCUUUUUUGUUCGAGCUACAAAUCCAGUAUACUUGCCCGUCAUUGAUGUGGCCCCAUCAGUGCAAAUGCCUAUGCAACGAGACCAAUCUAUUUCCUUUUCUUGAAAAUAUGCAUUAGUCAGAUUGACGAUAUCUUCUCCAGUUGUACAUUCUUCCAAUGGUCAGCAAAACAACAAGUCGUCUUCAACCAUACCUUCAUUCACGUAACGUACAAACAGUAGCAAAAUAGCUAGAUUAGCUACAUCAUUUGAUUCAUCCAACUGUAUAGCAUAAUAUGGACUAUUUUUCACUCUGUGUACAAUUGUGGUCUCUACAUUAUUUGACAUGUAAUUAAUUCUUCCUGACAACGUAUUAUUGGACAAAGGUAUCAUGUCAAUCCUUUUUGCAGCCUUUUCUCUGAGCAUGCAAUGAAUUACGUCUUUUAUACAUGAACCAAUCAAGCUCUCUGCUAUGGUAUGGGCUUCUGAUGGUUUUGCUAAUUGGUAGCUCACGUGGUAUGACGCUUCAAGUGCAUUUUCAUUAUCAGUACUUGCUUUGGAUAUAAAACUGGUAAUGUCACUUUUCCUUUCAGCUAAUUUUCGCUUGAAAAAAUCAACAGGCGUGUCGAGUUGAGCAGGAUGCCUAGUUUCUAAAUGGCGCCGAAGUAGAGAAGGUUUGAGGCUGCUGUUUGCUAGAACAUCACCACAAAUCACACACAGUGGUUUUGGACAUUCUUGAUCACCAAUGCAUGUAAAGCCAUAUUUUAUAUAAUCGUCGUCAUAUUUUCUUUUCUUUGUAAGUGACUUUCUAGGACCAUCAUGAUCAUUAGACUUAAUUUCCACAGUGUGGACUUGAGGAAACACUAACUGAUUCUUGCAUCUUUACGCUUUCCUUUCAGCCACUUAUCCAUUGAACUUGUGUACAAAAGUUCUAAUAAAAAUAACACAGAGAGACUGCUAACAACCAACAAACUAAGAAAUGAGAAGAUUCACUGAGGUCUCACUGAAGCAAAACAGCACUCCAGAGAGAAUGACAAUUACUGAGGCACCUUAACACUGCUACACUGGCUACAAUGUGCUUCCAGCUGGUUUGGCUUGCAAACAGCUUUUCUUCCGCCACGAGGUCCGUCCCUACGAGGGUGCCCUGCGAGGGACAAAUUAGCUUGGACCACCCCCCACGUACAGCGUGGCCCCUGCUCACUCUGCCCUCGAUGACAAGCCAGAGGUCUGAGCUGCCACCUGUGCGCCUGGGGUCUCAGCUCCCGCCCUGCCCAUCACAGGGCUCCGGCUACUGGCCCUGCACCGGGGUCUGGGCUGCCGGCUCCGCACUCUGUGGGGCUCCAGUUGCUGGACCCCGUUGGCUGCCCCAGUCAACUGAGCUCGGGUUGCAGGUCCCGCUGACCGCCGGGGCUCGGGCUGCUGGCCCCAACUGCCCAGCCCCACUCUCCCUGGGGCUUGGGUUGCCAGCCCCACAUGGAGUGCUGGGGUUCGGGCUGGUGACUCCCCUGCUGAUGGGGGCAGGGCUCAGGCUGCCAACCCCAACGGCCCGGCCCCACUCUCCCUGGGGCUCGGGCUGUCUGCCCUGCAACCGGGUCCCACCUGCUGUCUCCAAUGCUCAGGGUCCUCUGGCCGCCAUUAGUGAAAUUUUUCUGGCAAAUCCCCUGUAACGUUCUGCGAAGCCGUUUGGGAACCACUGAACUAGGGUCUCUGGACCUAUCAACACCCUUUAAAAGUAUCCCUAAGAAUAAAGAACCAAAAAAGUUGGAUCUCCUGGGCAUAAAAAGUCAUUUGUCCUCGAGCGUACAACUUCGCUUAGCAAAUUAUCCGGCUCUUCUUUCUCGCUAUGACUAUUUUCAUGGGAUAAGACUGAGGAGUUUCUGGAUAAAUGUCCACCGUACUUUAGAAAGGACUUGAAAUCUCUCAUCUCAAGUCAGUUAAUGGCUAAGACCUCUGUAUAAGUUGCAACUGGUGCUGCUGAUACAGCAUCAAGUUCUUUGAGUGCUGGUGUCUCUGUGUGUACACAGGCUCCAUGCUCUUGAGACUGAAAGAUUGUUGCAAGAAGUGUCCAUUGGUCCACCUCUGUACUUUUCCACUCCUUGUGCCCCAGAUGAACGGUAUAAGGGAUGGUGUGGACCGUCCACCUCUCCAUUUCCUUUCUACUGCUGUGUGGUGUGAGACAAAACCCUCCAGUGUCCAUGAAGCUGAUCAUUCGACUUCAUUUCUGUAAGUAUUGUAAAAAAUAAAAUUUUGUUAAUAGCAGUUUAGAGUUAGUUUAGUUAGAUUUUGGGGACUCCCCUGUCUGGGGCUGCUGCCAUCCUGGUAAAGGAUUCAGAUUAUGCCCAGGAUUCCAGGCUUCAAGAACAGAAUCUCCUGCCCCCGAUCCUUCGUGGUCAGCGAUGACCAUUAGAGGUGCCCAUACUUCUUUGGAGAAGCUCAUAUCUCUGCUAAGUGGAAUAUCUGCCAUUCCGUUCCCAGUUGAGCCCUGUAAGCUCAGGAAUUCAGACUUAGGAAACAUCUCAUGGAAUGUGCUGUGAGGCCCCAGCCUAAUCUGCCAAUGUACAUGGGCGGGUGGGGGGUCUGCCUGGCCCAGAAGCAUUGAGGAACAUACCACCCAGCUCCAUUGUCUCUGAGACAGGGGCGAGCAAAGAUAGAGCUGAGAAAUCCUUUUCCCAAGCUCACCAUGAGGGUAGAAAGCCUAAAGAGAAAUCCCCCUCCAGAACAACCUCCUAAGGUGAGGGCUGCUUCCCCAGCACCUUCACGAAUGAGUGACUCUUCGUGCCUGGUUCCAAGAGGCUUAAGAGCACGUACGAGUUAUGAUACCAUCCCACUGGAUCCAAAUAGUAUAAGUACCUGCAUGUUGGCACUGUUGAUACCAAGCAAAGAGAGGCAUGAGCCAAGGCUCGGAUAACCAUCGGUACUGGCAAAGGACGUUCAAGAACCCCAUGUACCACUGGUACCAAUGUGAGCGCCUAAGGUAACACCAGCUCCCAAGGGAGAAGACUCUUCAAUCCCCUGAUGACCACUUCACUCCAGGGGAUAUCUUUGUUGUUCUGGACCCAGGUUCUCCCCUUUUAUUGGACCUGGUCUUUACAAGGGAGAUUCUUACACUGGCAGUCCACGAACACUACUACUUACUGGACUCAUGGAUCAUCCUUUCAAACCAUUGGGUUUCUUGUUCCCAGUUGUCUUCAUGGACAAAUACAGCUUUCCUUGUGGCUAUUACAUCAGCACGUAAGGUGAGUGAGUUGUAAGCAUCUUCUGCCAUAUAUGAUUUUCUGCAAAGACAAGGUUAUUCUCAGACUGCACCCUAAAUUAUUUUCUAAAGUGCUGAGUGAUUUUUCAUUUAAAUAAAUAAAUCUGUAUGUUUACCAGUGUUCUUUCUGAAACCACACUCAACCAAGGGUGAAGCUGAAUUACACAUAUUAGAUAUCAUAUGUGCCUUGUCCAUUUAUUUCACUAGGAAAAAAUCUUCUCCAGUAGGAAUAGAGAGGUUAUUUUACCUGUGUAUUUGGCACUGGUGCGACUGCUGCAGAAAAACUGUCUCCACUUCAGGUGUUCACAGUUCAAGAAGGAUAUUAAUAAAUUGGAGAGGGUUCAGAGAAGAGCCAUGAGAAUUAUUAAAGGAUUAGAAAAUGUGCCUGAUAGCGAUACUCAAGUAGCUCAAUCUACUUUGCUUAACAAACAAAAGGUUAAGAGGUGACUUGAUUACAGUAAGUUAAUAUCUACAUGGGGAACGUUUAAAAAUGGGCUCUCCAGUCUAGCAGUGAGAAGUGUAAUAUGACCCAAUGGCUGUAAGCUAGUUAAACUUAGACUGGAAAUAAGGCGUAAAUUUUUAACAGUGAGAGAAAUUAACCAUUGGAACAAUUUAUCGCUGGCGUGGUAUAUUCUCCAUCAUUGACAAUUUUUAAAUCAAGAUUGGAUAUUUUUCUAAAAGAUCUGCUCCCAGAAUUAUUUUGGAGGAAGUUCUCUGGCCUGUGUUAGACAGGCAGUCCAACUAGAUGACCACAAUGGUCCCUUCUGGCCUUGGAAUCUAUGAAUUUAGGUCAUCCCCUCUGCUCUUUGCUUCUGUUGCUGAAAGAUCUAAGGUUCAGGCAAUUUCAUCCCAGAGAAUUUCUAGAUGGAUGUCAGGUUGUAUAAAGUUAUUUUAUGAGAUGGCCAGUUUACAGCUACCUGGGAACAUUAGGACACAUUCAGCCGGGGCCCAGGCAGGCUCAUUUAGAGGUAUUCCUACAGUUGAUAAUUGUAGGGAUGCUACCUGGACUAAUGUACGUUCACAAAACAUCAUUGUGGCGAUGUCGCAUGCAGGUGCUCACCUGGGCGGGGCUCUAUUAAAAUCCGUAUUUAAUUAGACUCGCAGUAGUACCCUCUGUCUGUAUGGUGUACUCCUUGUGAACCACCGGAUGUGGAUCAUAUAUAGGCAAGCAUACAAAGAAGAAAGGGAAGUUACUUACCUGUUCAGUAACUGGAGUUUUCAAGAUGUUUUCUACAUGUGUUCUACAACCCACCCUCCUUUUCCCCACUACUGCCAGACCUAAUAUCUUGGACUGAGUAGUGGUGAAAGAUCUGAGGAUCAGUUGGUCACACUUUCCCCUUUUAUGCCCUUGGGGGUGAGAGGAGACAGGCUUGAGGCUAUGCAGGGAGCGGGUGUGACCAAUGGACACUGCUGGCUAAAGUGUUCCAAUAUCUGGCACGUGGAGAACAUAUAGAGAAUACAUCUCAAAGAAUUCUAGUUACGGACCAGGUAAGUAACCUCCUUUGUAGUCUUGAUUUUUAUAUCUAAAUUUUCUUACAAAAUAUGUUAUGUCAGAAAUAUUGUUAAUACCCUUGACAAUUAACAGUAAAAUAUUUUGUACCAUG